UGGAGCGUUAUUUGUGGCACGUUAUCUUGCAAGAAAACAGCUGUGGUUGACUCGCUGCACUGAAAACGAGCCGUUGGAUAUGACAGCUGUCCACUCCAACCCGAGUCACUAACUCGAAGUGUUGAGGCGAGGGUGAUGUAUUCGAGAAGGCACGAUUACGAAAACUUCAUCGUGAAACACUUUCUGCGACAACUGCGGCUUGCGGUAUGCCGUGCAGGGUCAGCAUUUUGCCGCUAAUCAAUUUUCUAGAGCAUUGGUAGACGCAUUCAGUGCACAAACUAUGCGUUCCGCGUCGGUGACCGACCCAGUGCAUAACUGCGGAAUCCCGCCGCUCAUGCAUAGGCCACCCUCGAGAAUGCUGACCGACCUGUCCAAGCUGCAACUGGCGUUCGCCUUGGUCGCGGCGUUUGUGACCGGGAAUCAUCUGUGGGGAGCCGACGAGGAACAGCCUGUCGCGCCACCGCCGGUCAUCCCAAACUGCCACGUCCUCAGCACGGGCCUCAACGCCGACGAGAAGGCCGAGCUGCUGCGGGAGCACAACCGGCUCCGCAGCAUGGUGGCGAAGGGACUGCUGAAGGGGCUGAAGCCUGCCGCCAACAUGCUAGCAUUGAGGUGGGACGACGACCUGGCGGAAUUGGCACAAGGGCAGGCCAAACAGUGCAGCUUUUCGCCGGAGGUGGAAGGGGAGGAGAAAACAAUCAAGCCUCUCUCAGUGGGCCAGAACAUGGGCUGGGAGGCGAGCUCGGAGCCGUUCUCGAAUCAUCUGGACCUGCCGCACCUGAAUGCUUGGACGGAUGAGCACACGGACGUCGAAGACGACGUCAUCAGCUCCUACCACAACACCGAACGCGGCAUCGGGCAGUUCACGCAGAUGAUCUGGGCGAAGACGCAGUACGUGGGCUGCGGCGUGGCCACGUACACCCGCAGCGACAAUGUCGGCCACUUUCCGUACCAACGAACGCUCGUGUGCAACUACGGUCCAGGAGGCAAUGUCCUUGGACUGCCCGUGUACAAGGAAGGUGACACAUGCAGCAGCUGUGCAGCUGGCACCACUUGCGACGAGGAUACAGGACUGUGCGUGGUGGACGAAGCCGAGUAUCAGGACAAACCCCGCAAGGUUUGGAAACUUGACGAGGGUGAAGUCAACUGGAGAGCCCUUGGCCUUGCCGUGGCGCUCAUCCUCUGGUUCUGCUUCUGAAGUGCCACGCUCGCCGCAACAACACGAUGAUCAAUUCUAUCGCUGUUUUGUGUCCGUGCGUUUCCUGUCGUACAAGUACCUUAUG